UUCCGGAUCGAUUGGCGACUGAUUUAACCGCGGUGGAAUCAUUAGAAUCAUUAGAGUAAGCUUUUUUCCGAUUUACGUGACUCACUGUCGCUGAUUUAAUUUUCCACACAAAAAAUUAGUGAAUUUCCAUCUUAACGGAAUAACAACUGGAUUAAAAUUGAUUAUUUGCUCGUUAUUGUCAACAAUAUAAAAUUUGAAUUAGGUUAUAAAGACGAUUUGAGCUCGUCUUUGACCAAAUUUUAUUAAUGUUAAUAACUAUAUAGAUUACUUGAUAUUUAAGUUGCCAAUUAAAAGCUAAUUGGAAAUUAAUUCAAUCAGCAGAAUUUUCUGAAGCAAAAAAACUCCGAAUUUGUCGUCUCUGCAAUCUGAUGGAGAUCAAAUUCGGACGCGGCAUGAUACACACACGUUAUUUUCCACAUACAAUUACGCGCCCGUAUACGAGUCUCCCCUAUGCACGUGUCACAAGCGAACACCUGCCGCAGCAACCAAUGUUUUUUGUUUACCAACUCGAGUGCGGAAUCAAUCGUGUACGUCCCUACUCCACACCGCGGCGGACGCCCAUCAGUCUCUCAUGGACAGUGUUCAAUAACAUCGUACGAAAAAAAAAGUAUCAACAACAUGCGACGCAAAACUUACAGCUACGCAUUUGCAAUGAAAAAGCGUGUCCUUGCUUCGCUUUCUUGAGCGUUUGAUUUCGAAAGGAGCGAUAUGUUGGAAACGCGCUCCGCGAUUUACAAAAUGAUGAAGAAAGAGGCACACGAUGAGAGGCAGAUAACCGAUUGGCCGCCACCGUUCUCGUCCGAGGCCACGCCGUACAACGAGAGUGAUUUCGGCAGCUUGGUCAGACGUACUUGCGAGAGCAAGAGCUUGACUCUCCGUAUCUCCAAGGUGAUCGUCAUCGGCGACGUCGCCGUCGGCAAGACAUCGCUGGUGAAUCGCUUCUGCCACAGGCUCUUCGAUAACAAUUACAAGGCCACCAUCGGCGUGGACUUCGAAGUGGAGCGAUUCGACAUCCUCGGCGUGCCUUUUCACUUGCAAAUAUGGGAUACCGCGGGGCAGGAAAGAUUCAAGUGCAUAGCGGCGUCUUAUUAUCGCGGCGCUAAUGUAAUUAUGGUCGUUUUCGACCUGGGGAACCUGAUGUCGCUGUUGCACUGCCAGCAAUGGUUGAACGAGGCGAGCCGCAGCAACAUUGGUCAUCAUCACAUUUUUCUAGUCGGCGCUAAGAAAGACUCAUUAUCUCACCCGGUGUACGAGAUAAUCGAGAAACGAGCGGUCGAGGCGGCGAGGAGGAUGCGGGCGGAAUAUUGGGCGGUCUCGUCGAGAACGGGCAACGGGGUGUCCGAAUUGUUCACGCGGGUCGCCGCGCUCUCCUUUCACGCGAUGGCCCUGCGGGAGAUGCAGAGCCUGAAGCUCGAGCCGAUCAACAUCGGCUUGGCGACGACAAUCACAUUGAAGGGGCAUUCGAGGACCGAGAUGAAGCGACACAGACCGCCGAAAUGCUCCAGAUGCCCGACGUGACGGCGGAAUUUUAUAAAUAUGAUGAAAUAUGAUAAAUAACGAACGACAAGAAAUAGGAAAGGGAGUAAAUAAAAAC